CGACCUGUUCCAAUAGAGACCUUGCCAAAAGCGAACACGGACGGAAUGCCCUCGUUUUUUCUCCGUAGCUCUUGAGUUUUUGGACUGAUGAGAACUUUUCGAACUUUUCAUCUUGCCCUUGAUUUUUGACCAACGCUACAUCUAGCGUUGGCGCACGGUAUGGCCAUCUGGCUGCACGCAACGCGAGCGACAUCCACUCGAUGAACAUUAGCUAAUAAGCGUACCCCACAAACGUACUCGGAAGAACUUUCUUCUUCAUUCGUACCAUCGUAUUAUCACGAAUACACGCACACACAGAUACAAAGGGGACCCGUACGCACGCAGCCCUCAUUGCCGUCAUUGUAAAAAAAAAGCCUGAAACUCCGCCACCUUCUGUGCCGUGAUAGGAAAAUACGAAUCUCUACACAAUCGGCGUUCUGCGGGGUGCAUCCAAGCAUCGAUAUCCGUCGCCGUGAGUGUACCCGGGAAGGUGAAAAAAGUGAAUACAGUGCAAUAAAAGUUACGUCGUGCGAGUGUGACGGCGACCGUGAAUACAAUACGGUACCACUCGUCGUACCAGCGGCAGUAAGUGUGGCCAACGCGAAUGUUGAGCAACGACACGGGUUAGACGUGUAGCAUCAUCGGAGGAACCAGUGCCUGUUGGGUGUGCGGAUCAUCCGUGCGUCGUGCUACUUGUCCGUUGAGAUCCAACCAACCUGACGAGUGUUGUAAAAAGUGGUUCACCCUAACGCGAAUGUUCGCGAUGUGAGUUGUGUGCAGUGUCAUGCAGUAGUGCCGCUUGUGCUAGGACCACGGUCCUCUUCCCGGUUGCUGGACAUACGUACGCGCAUUCGUGACCGCCAGCGAUAAUUGUCUAACGCGAUUCUUUGCCUAAACCAUCCAAAAUCACAGUUACAUCGAAUGUUCGUGGAAAAGCGGUUCCGCCACUGCCGUCGCAGAUCGCAGCAAUCGUAAACAACAAACCGUGCUACUUGGAUCGCACCCGAAAGGCAGGUGUCCCUUUCACCAGCACAUCAGCACAUUGUCGCACAUUCGGAGAAGAAGAACGGCCGCGUAUGAGGAAAGUUAUUUGAUUCUGCACCACGUCACUAUCGCCCGCCGGCAUCUGCAUCUACCUCUUGUUGCAGCUAUUGGACCAAUGCAAUCUUGAGCGAAGCAACUAAUGCAACCUUAACGUGCAACAACAUAGCUCGAACUUCAACGGCAAACACAGUUCAAGUAGAGCACACUUCAAUAACAUAACAUAACGCUGUAACAAUUAAAGUACUACUAAUAAUAUCGUUCACCCAUCGGAGGCUACUACUACACACCGUGCACUUACUCUCGUGCCUCGAUGGAACGGGAACGAGAUCGUGAACGAGGCAGCAGCGGUGGUGGUAUAGUGAGAGGUGAAAGCGGUAGCAGCGGACGCAUCAAACACUCUAAGAAACGAUCCCGCAAAAGUAGCAAGAAAUCCAAAAGGAAACGACACAACUCCGCCUCGGACGUGGACGACUUGUCUUCCCCUUCGUUCGGCGAGGAAUCGAAGCGAUAUUCGCGAUCACAGAAAUACGCGUACGACGACAGCAGCGGCGAGCUGGAGGGAGAACUGGCCGAGCGGACCGCGGUGUCCGGCAGUAAGUCCGGUGUGGAGUAUUCCGACGUAAGUUCGGAUGAUUUCUCCGCUCCCGAGGCGGGUGAAAUUGAAACAGACGUCUCGGAAACUGGCGGAGGUGGUGGUGGCGGUGGUGGUGGUGGUGGUGGUGGUGGCGGUGGCGGCGCGUUUGUUGACAAUGGAGAUGACUCGCUUAUCAGUGGCGACGAAACGGACGGCAUCGAUGGUAGAACGAAAAGAAGAAGCAAGUCACGCCACCACCAUCGACACCAUCGGCGCAAGAAGUCGCUCAACGCCGGUGGUCAUUGUAAGGUAGGAGGCUCCCAUCGGUCCUCCAGCACGACGAAGCGUUGGAGCCGAUCGUCGCAGUCUAAAAGGGUCGAGAUGGACUUGCGCAGCCGAACACCAUCGUUGCCGGAUGUUGUGGAAUCGAACCGAAGGGAGGUCGACUCGAAGGGAGUUGGUACCCUUGCGGUAUCUUCCAUCAGCGGUUCGUCCGAUCGUUCCAAACGGAUCAACUCCAUAUCCUCGGAUACUUCGUCGAUGAAGUAUCGUCAGCAAAAAAAGCGAACCAAGCUGAAGGAUGAGGAAGCGAUGCUCGGUGCUGAUAAUGCGCUCGAGGACGAGCACGAAGCACGGUUAGCUCGGAAUAAAGACGACGAAAGAGUGGAAGCGCCGGAUAGGGCGGCGGAAGCGGCCGAUGGAAAUGGUGGAACCGGUACGGAAGAACUGGAUGAUGAAAACGAGGAGGAGGAGGAGGAUGGCGAGGAGGAGGAGGAGGAGGAGGAGGAAGAGUAUAUCAACAACGAUGAAGGGCAGUCGAUCGCUAGCAGGAAGCGGAUUAAGAAAAGCAAGAAGGAUAAAAAGCACAAGAGAAAUAAAAAGUCCAAAAAGCGAAAGAGGAAACUGCGCACCAAAUCGAUAUCGAGCAUCGAGACGAUCUCGGAGAGUGAAGAUUCGCUGCUGGAGUCGAUGACGCCACCGCUGAAGCAGUCGCCCAUGUAUCGCGGAGUCGGCAGUCGCGAAGGCAGCAAAUCCUACACACCGGUUCACAAUGACACCAAUCUUACGCCAGUUUCGCCAGGGACUCCUCCGCUGCUAGAUCAUCAUCAUUCAACGCGGCAUUCGCUAAACAGUCCGUACGAUAGUCACGAUGUCGCAGCACGGAGUCGCACUCCAGUCGAGCGUGAUUGUGACCACGAUCGUGAACGAGAACGGGAUCGCGAUCACAGAGAUCGGGAGCGGGACCGUUCGUCGAAUGCCGGUGGCAGCGCCAGCAGCCGCAAGCUGUAUAUCACAUCUUCCCCCCAUACUCCACCUGUCGGCGCCAUGCAUAAGAAAAAUGCAUCGUCUUACCAUGAUCGUUCGCUGCAGCAGCAGCAGCAGCACCCCGGCAGUCCGAUCGAUCUGGACAGUCCACCACCGCCGGCGCUGCGCCACAGACGGAGCAGUAGCCAUCGUGGAAGCAGCCGGCGACGCAGUCAAUCAAACGAUCGACGAUACAGCUCCAGGAGAACACCUUCGCCAAAUUCCCGGCACAAACCCCAUACUCCUCCGCCCACAAAACGGCGACGGGAUAGGUCGCCCCCGGAGAAGGAUUACUACCGGAAAUCGGAUAGUCGCAGUUACAGUAAGCGAGAAAGAGAUUGGGACGACCGUCGCGGCAAUGACACCCAUAAACGGUUCCUCAGCAGAACUCCGAGCCCCAGCAGCAACCGACGCUCCCGCCGGACACCAUCGCCUGCCACGACGAGCAGGACGAGAUCGUCGCGAAAGGGAGGAUACUAUAGCCCGUCGCCGGAACGGAGUGCCGGAGGCAGCAGCAGCUAUGUGUCUUCACGCUCGAGGCAUCGCUCGCGCAGUCCACGCCGAUCGUCGCCUCUAUCGUCGUCCGCCAGUAAGCGCUACUCUAGCAGCCGAUCCCGCUCACCGCAGAUGCCUUCAGCUAAAAAGAUUGACCUACAGAAGAAAAUCACCGACACCAGCUUCUUCGCAGAACUGAUCAAGGACAAACACAAGCGCAACAAGACGCUGCAAGAGAUUUUGGAAAACAAAAAGAAAAAUGAUGCGUCCGGUGGGGCCGGCGGGGUAGCGGGUGACGAUACCAGUGCGACCACCGUUUCGCUGGACGGUGAGAGCGUGCCGAAGAGCGAUGGUAACAAUGGGGCCACGAACCCAGCGGCGGCGGCGGCUGCUGCUGCUACGGAAGCUGCCAGUGCUAAUGGAGUGAAGGACAGCAAACACUCAGACGCCGGGGGUAAUGUGACCGACAUACCGAUGCCAGAGUCCGCGGCAGAUCAAACCGAUGGCAGGGUUGGCCAAAACCCUUCCGCCAACUGUUGCGACAUGAGCAAUAGCAAUAGCAAUGGUGGCAAUAGUAACUUGGUUCCCGAUUCACGAAUUCCUGUGAUAACGAACAAUGCAGUGCAUCAUCAUCAGCAUCAUCAUCAUCAUCAUUCUCAGUCCGGCAGCGGCAAUUCAGAACCAAGCGCGGAACCGGCGGGCGCGACGGCGAUGGUGGCGCACACGUCGUCGGAGAGCAGCAACAGCAACACGAACAGCAGCAGCGGCAGCAUUGCACCAUCGAAGCCAAAAAGUCUCACCAACCUACCGAUGCCGCCAGGGGUGAAUGUGGCCGACCUGGAGGGUGCUCAAACGCCCAGCCCUCCCGGACCCAUCAGUCCCGUUGCAGCAGCAACGAUGAAAGUAAUGCCCAUUCCUACGCUGACCACUACCGGCGCCGUUCCGCUGCCAGCUGCAAACAGUGCCACAACGAACACGGCCAAACAGCGACCUGACGGCCACCACAAACCAAACGCGUCCAAUGUGUCCACCGUGGCAGCAGUUCCUGCGCCAGUCACCACUGCCGCCCCGCCCACCUCGGCCACCGGCGUGCCGGGGAGCGGCAUUAAGAAGGGUCUGCUCAAUCUCCCGAUGCCGCCCAUGGUACCCGGAUCGGAGGAUUUAAGUGGCGACGAAGAUAUCGGAUCACCCAUACUGCCCAGCAAUCGUGAUUCCGCACAGCAGCACCAAACACAAUCAGGCCAAACCAGUGUCAUCAACAACAACAACAACAAUACUAGCUUAAACAAUCGGUACAAAGGUGCAGCAGCUUCAGGUGGUGCCGCUGUGACCGCCGGUUCGGCGGCGACUUCCGCCCACCCAUCAGCCGGCGCUGGAAAGCCGCCGAUGACACGGCCGAGAAUUUUAAACCGACGUCAUUCCCGCAACAUGACCGCACCGAUGUCCGCGUCCGGCGGAAAGGAUUGGGGCGAACGGUGUGUGGAAGUGUUCGACAUGCUCGAGCAAAUUGGCGAAGGAACAUACGGACAGGUGUACAAAGCGAAAGACCAACAGACCAACGAGCUGGUGGCGUUGAAGAAAGUCCGGCUGGAGCACGAGAAGGAGGGCUUCCCGAUUACGGCGGUGCGUGAAAUCAAGAUCCUUCGGCAGCUGAACCACCAAAACAUCGUGAACCUGCGCGAGAUUGUGACGGACAAGCAGGACGCGCUCGAGUUUCGCAAGGACAAGGGUUCGUUCUAUCUGGUGUUCGAGUACAUGGAUCACGACCUGAUGGGGCUGCUGGAGUCGGGCAUGGUGGAUUUCAACGAGCAGAACAAUGCGAGCAUCAUGCGCCAGCUGCUGGACGGAUUGAACUAUUGUCACAAGAAAAACUUUCUCCACCGUGACAUCAAAUGUUCCAACAUUCUCAUGAACAACAGAGGCGAGGUGAAGCUGGCCGACUUUGGACUGGCUCGGCUGUACAACGCGGACAAUCGGGAACGUCCCUACACGAACAAAGUCAUUACGCUGUGGUACCGUCCACCGGAGCUACUGCUUGGCGAGGAGCGCUACGGUCCGGCGAUCGAUGUGUGGAGCUGCGGGUGCAUUCUAGGCGAGCUGUUCCUCAAGAAACCAUUAUUUCAAGCGAACCAGGAGCCAGCGCAGCUAGAGAUGAUAUCCCGGCUGUGCGGGACGCCAACGCCCGCCGUCUGGCCGAACGUCAUCAAACUACCCCUGUUCCAUACGCUCAAAUCAAAGAAACAGUACCGCCGCAAGCUGCGGGAGGACUUUGUGUUCAUGCCCACACCUUCGCUCGAUCUGCUCGAUAGUAUGCUGGUGCUGGAUCCGGAUCGACGCAUUACCGCCGAGGAUGCGUUAAAAUCAAACUGGCUUAAAAACGUUAUACCUGAGCAAUUACCUCCCCCGCAGUUGCCAACGUGGCAAGAUUGUCACGAGCUUUGGAGCAAGAAAAGACGUCGACAGCUUCGCGAACAGCAGGAAUCGGCACUCAACCUUCCGCCAGGCAAACCUUCGGGCAGCACAAUCAAGCUGGACGGUCUAACGUUACCCGGUACCGGUGCACCGACCGGCAUCAACAUGCUGUAAAGGCACGCGCGCGGCGGAUCUGCCUGCAUCGAAUACCUUAUUUUCGAAAGGUAUACCCAUUGGAGAAAGGAUUGGCUACUUAUCGAUUGUUCAUCAUUCUGGUUUUAACGAGUGCAUGUUACUACACAUGGUGUGAUACACAUCUCUAAGCUAAAGUUUUCGAACUGGAGCGGGAUGAUGGCAUGGUAAGAUGAUGUACGGACGAGGAGACAAGCGGGGGCGACCCAUUACCAUCAUUCUGCACUUUUGCAAAUUACCGUUCUUUUUUUACGAUAAAUUAGUUUAAAUCACCAGAAUCACUGAGAAAGUCAACCGCCUUCCUUCGCACCUUUGCAUUACCAUCUCGCUGUACCCCCGUGGUCAUGGAUAAGAAGCGAAAGGGUUAAGAGCUUUCUACGAAAGCAACGUAUGGAAUCAGGAAACACCAAGGCUCUCGGUCGUGUUUGUGUCUGAUCGCGCUGAACAGGAUCGCAACAAGCAGCAGUUUUGGCUUUUGGCUUUUGUUUUGCAAUAGAAGACGGAGGAAUCGAAAAAUGAGCCCAACCUGACGAAUGCGCGAUGAUGCUUAUGAAUACGAACUAUUUUAGUGAAAUAAAAGGCGGGCGCGUCCGUAGAUAGCGCUUAAAGAAGCCACGAGAAUCUUGAAGUGUCUUACCGACGGUGGUAGAAGGGAUGGGGAAGGUCAGCAAUAGGGAAUGGCCAUCGAUCUUCGGGCUCAGAGGAGUCGGAAGAAAAACCAAUCCAGGGAAAGGAGCAAAGGGCUGGUAAACAGGAAAGAGCAAUACAUAUACAUCGUCAUUUUAGGUAUGCCACGGGUAGAGAAACCGUACGACGUCAUGAACGAUAGAUAGACCGAGUGCCGAAGCUAUGCGAAUUGAUUGUAAGUUAGUACACAGGAACUGAACACACACACUGGCUAAUGUGACUUUCUCCGAUGUUCCGAUGCAUCUAGCAGAUACGUUGAACCCCCCCCCCCCCCCCCCCGCUUUCAUGGGUUCGCGCCGGAAUGGACGGUACGUAGCCAAUUAAGACAUACGGUAAACCUUAACUUGUACAGUAAUAGAGUAUGCUAAAAUGUAAAUUUGUUACAAAAAAAUAUAUUUCAUCCCAAAACACUGACA